AUGGCGGUGCCGGUCAUUGAGACCAAUAACAUCAUUAGCCAUCCCGAGGGCGGUUGUCCGUUGCAGGUUGGAGAGGGUACAUAUCAUCUCAAGGACAACCUACACUUAGCGACCCCUCCUCCUCACCCGUCUGAAGCUCCCAUCGUGAACCCCAACCCGCUCGCGACCGUUCCUACACCUCCGACAAUGGGCGUCAAACUAUCGCUUAUCUGCAUCAGUCCUCGAACCAAGACUCCUUCGUCUCUUCCGAAUCAGACCGUGGUAGCACCUCCGUUUGGUGAUGGGAAUCCUGCGCUGGCACCUGUGCCAGUCAAGGAUGGGUUAAAGAGACGCAAGCCCAAGAACAACAUCAUCAAGAGCAGCUCGUCGUUUGUCUCGCGUGUCAUUACCCACGAAGCAGCCACGAAACGGUUGAAUGACCGGAGUCCGGAGGGCCUUUUCGCUUUUGCCAAUAUUAACCGUGCAUUUCAAUGGCUGGAUCUUAGUUCGAAGCAAAAGGAAGAGCCGCUUACAAAGAUUCUUUUCACGAAGGCGCACAUGUUGUGCCAUGACACGAAUGAGUUGACCAAAAGCUCAUCUCACAUUGAUAUCGUCAUGGGUUCCUCUGCCGGAGACAUCAUCUGGUACGAGCCUAUGUCCCAGAAGUACGCUCGGAUCAACAAGAACGGAGUUGUCAGCAACUCGCCGGUCACUCAUAUCAAAUGGAUCCCUGGCUCGGAGAACCUGUUCAUGGCUGCGCACGCGAACGGGCAAUUGGCAGUUUAUGAUAAGGAGAAGGAGGAUGCCCUCUUCACCCCCGAAAUUCAGAACCAAUCGGCAGAGGCGCUCAAGGCAUCCGGUCGACAGCCGCUGCAAGUUCUGAAGUCCGUUAACUCGAGGAAUCAGAAGACCAACCCCGUCGCCCUGUGGAAGCUUGCAAAUCAGCGAAUCUCUCACUUUGCCUUUUCCCCGGAUCAAAGGCAUCUGGCUGUUGUCUUGGAAGAUGGAUCUUUACGAGUGAUGGAUUAUUUGAAGGAAGAGGUGCUUGAUAUUUUUCGCAGUUACUAUGGUGGAUUGAUCUGUGUCUGCUGGUCGCCAGAUGGGAAAUACAUCGUUACUGGUGGGCAAGACGACUUAUUGACUAUUUGGUCGUUGCCGGAGCGCAAGAUAGUCGCUCGCUGUCAAGGCCAUAACUCUUGGGUUUCUGCAGUGGCGUUUGAUCCAUGGCGAUGCGAUGAGAGGACAUACCGGUUCGGCAGUGUUGGCGAUGACUGCAGGCUACUGCUGUGGGAUUUUAGUGUUGGCAUGCUGCAUCGCCCGAAAGUGUAUCAAGCGAGUGCCCGCCAACGAACGAGCAUGAUUACGAGUAACACCCAAUAUGGUAAUCGUCACCGAGCCGAUAGUGCGAGCAAUCGAAUGAGGUCGGACUCCCAGAAGACGGCAAACACCUACGAGAGUUGCGACCAGGCUGUCCGCCAUCCCGUCGAGCCAAGAGCACGCACGGCUCUGUUACCGCCUAUUAUGUCUAAAGUCGUAGGGUCAGACCCGAUCUGUUGGUUAGGCUUCCAAGAAGACUGCAUCAUGACCUCUUCACUUGAAGGUACGGGCCUAUUUAUACCUGUUCCUCUGGGGCAUGUACUCACAUAG